AUGAAAGAGGAUUUAUUAGAAUUAGAGACUGCAUCUAAAACAUCCCAAUUAAAUAAAACUACUAGAAAACAAAAAUCAGUAAAGCUUGAUGAUAAAGGCACUAUGGGCGAGGUUCUUGAUAAUAUAAGGUGUUACUGGUUAGUUCAGAUAGCAAAACAAAAUAACAAAUCAGAUGAUAAUAAUAGUGAUAAUAAAAGUAUUAUAUCAUCAUCAUCAGUAAGGUCUAAAGCUUCAACUUCAUAUUUUAAACCUAUAUCAAAUGAAAGAGUUAAUGAAAUCAACAAAGCUUUACUUAAAGCUUUUGUUUGCACUGGGAUUGCAUUUUUUGUAAUUGACAAUCUAUUUGUUUGUGAUCUUCUUAAUAUACUUGAACCUGGAUAUAUUCUACCUGAAAGACUUACGUUAGCAGAGCGAGUGCUCAAUAAGAAAGCAGCCUCAGUCGAUGGUUGGUCAAGCCCAACAAAUAACUCAUUAUACAAUUUUAUUGUUUCUAUAUCUGACAGAAAAGAAUAUUUAUAUUCUAUUUUAGAUUUUUCAGAUGUAGCACAAACUGGUAAAUUUCUUACCUUCAAAAUUUCAGAUAUUGUUGACAAAAUUGGUUUUGAUAAAUUUAUAGCCUGUAUUACUGAUAAUAGAAGCAAUAUUCAUGUUAUUUUAGAAAAUAAUUGUGAUCUAAUUUAUAAACCUGCAAUUAUUUUAUUAUUGAAUGAUAAUAAUGACAUGUUUUAUACAAACUGUUGUCAAAUUGCAUCUAUAAUUCAACCUAUUAAAGAAGCAAUUCAUAGCCUUGAAGCACGUAUAGCAAAUCUUGCUAAUUGUUUUAUUAAUAUAGUAAAAUUAGCUGCAGCCAUUAAUAGAAUUUCUAAGAAUAAUGAGUUAUCAGAAAAUAAACUACAUGAUAAUACAUUAGAUUUAACAACUUAUACAGUUACAGAAAAUAAUAAUAUAGUUUUAGAACAAAAUAUAGAAUUUUUAGAACCUUUACAAUUAAAUAAUAAGUUUGAAAUUAGCUCAAUAACCGAUUUGUUAAACAUAACUUUUGGUGGAAAAGGUAAUUCUGAAAAAGUAUUUCAUUCAAUAGUAGAAAAUAGUAAUAUAGAAUUUGAUCCUACUACAGUUGUAAAGAGUGAAUUUCAAAAUGUUGAUGAGAGUUUGUAA